AUGACGCAAAUUCCACCCACACCUUUUGCUGCCAUACAACCCCAGAUCAUCACGCUAUCUGGGUGUUUCACGGUCAGUGUAAGGGUGGAGGGUGGAGAAAGCUGCAGUCAGAGCUCCCAUUCCACUUCCCAUCAACAAAAUCUCAUUGGAAAGAAACUCUAUCAGUGCAUGGAAUUUGGAAAGAGCUUCAGUCAGAGCUCCUCUCUCACUUCCCAUCAAAGAAUUCAUACAGGGGAGAAACCCUAUCAGUGUGUGGAAUGUGGAAAGAGCUUCAGUCAGAGCUCCGAUCUCACUUCCCACAAGCGAAUUCAUACAGGGGAGAAACCCUAUCAGUGUGUGGAAUGUGGAAAGAGCUUCAGUCAGGGCUCCCAUCUCACUUCCCAUCAAAGCGUUCAUACAGGGGAGAAACCUUAUCAGUGUGUGGAAUGUGGAAAAUGGUUCAGUCAGAGCUCCCAUCUCACUUCCCAUCAAAGAAUUCAUACAGGGGAGAAACCCUAUCAGUGCGUGGAAUGUGGAAAGAGCUUCAGGAAGAGCUGCGAUCUCACUUGCCAUCAAAGAAUUCAUACAGGGGAGAAACCCUAUCAGUGUGUGGAAUGUGGAAAGAGCUUCAGGAAGAGCUCCGAUCUCACUUGCCAUCAAAGUAUUCAUACAGGCGAGAAACCCCAUGAGUGUGUGGAAUGUGGAAAGAGCUUCACUCAGAGCUCCAGUCUUGCUAAGCAUCAGAGAAUUCAUACAGGGGAGAAACGCUAUCAUUGUGUGGAAUGUGGAAAGAGCUUCACUCAUAGCUCCAAUCUCACUUGCCAUCAAAGAAUUCAUACAGGGGAGAAACCCUAUCAGUGUGUGGAAUGUGGAAAGAGCUUCAGGAAGAGCUCCUCUCUCACUUCCCAUCGAAGAAUUCAUAUAGGGGCGAAACCAUAUCAGUGUGUGGAAUGUGGAAAAAGCUUCAGUCACAGCCACAGUCUUACUUCACAUCAAAGAAUUCAUACAGGAGAGAAACCAUAUCAAUGUGUGGAAUGUGGAAAGAGCUUCAGUCACAGUCAGAAUCUCACUUCCCAUCAAAGAAUUCAUAUAGGGGAGAAACCCUAUCAGUGUGAGGAAUGUGGAAAGAGCUUCAGGAAGAGCUCCCAUCUCACUUCCCAUCAAAGCGUUCAUACAGGGGAGAAACCCUAUCAGUGUUGCAUGGAAUGUGGAAAGAGCUUCAGGAAGAGCUGCGAUCUCACUCGCCAUCAAAGAAUUCAUACAGGCGAGAAACCCCAUGAGUGUGUGGAAUGUGGAAAGAGCUUCACUCAGCGCUCCAGUCUCACUAAGCAUCAGAGAAUUCAUACAGGGGAGAAACCCUAUCAGUGUGUGAAAUGUGGAAAGAACUUCAGUCAGAGCUCCCAUCUCACUUCCCAUCAAAGAAUUCAUACAGGGGCAAAACCCUAUCAGUGUGUGGAAUGUGGAAAGAGCUUCAGUCAGAGCUCCGAUCUCACUUCCCAUCAAAGCGUUCAUACAGGGGAGAAACCCUAUCAGUGUGUGGAAUGUGGAAAAUGGUUCAGUCAGAGCUCCCAUCUCACUUCCCAUCAAAGAAUUCAUACAGGGGAGAAACCCUAUCAGUGCGUGGAAUGUGGAAAGAGCUUCACUGAGAGCUCCAAUCUCACUUGCCAUCAAAGAAUUCAUACAGGGGAGAAACCCUAUCAGUGUGUGGAAUGUGGAAAGAGCUUCAGGAAGAGCUCCUCUCUCACUUCCCAUCGAAGAAUUCAUACAGGGGCGAAACCAUAUCAAUGUGUGGAAUUUGGAAAGAGCUUCAGUCACAGUCAGAAUCUCACUUCCCAUCAAAGAAUUCAUACAGGGGAGAAACCCUAUCAGUGUGUGAAAUGUGGAAAGAACUUCAGUCAGAGCUCCCAUCUCACUUCCCAUCAAAGAAUUCAUACAGGGGAGGAACCAUAUCAGUGUGUGGAAUGUGGAAAGAGCUUCAGUCACAGCUCCUCUCUCACUUACCAUCAAAGAAUUCAUACAGGGGAGAAACCCUAUCAGUGUGUGGAAUGUGGAAAGAGCUUCAGGAAUAGCUCCGAUCUCACUUCCCAUCAGAGAACUCAUACAGGGGAGAAACCCUAUCAGUGCGUGGAAUGUGGAAAGAGCUUCACUGAUAGCUCCUCUCUCACUUCCCAUCGAAGAAUUCAUACAGGAGAGAAACCAUAUCAGUGCUUUGAAUGUGGAAAGCGCUUCAGGAAUAGCUCCUCUCUCACUUCCCAUCAUAGAAUUCAUACAGGGGAGAAACCAUAUCAGUGUGUGGAAUGUGGAAAGAGCUUCAGGAGGAGCUACAGUCUCACUUCACAUCAAAGAAUUCAUACAGGGGAGAAACCCUAUCAGUGUGUGGAAUGUGGAAAGAACUUCACUGAGAGCUCCAAUCUCACUUGCCAUCAAAGAAUUCAUACAGGGGAGAAACCCUAUCAGUGUGUGGAAUGUGGAAAGAGCUUCAGGAAGAGCUCCUCUCUCACUUCCCAUCGAAGAAUUCAUACAGGGGCGAAACCAUAUCAGUGUGUGGAAUGUGGAAAAAGCUUCAGUCACAGCCACAGUCUUACUUCACAUCAAAGAAUUCAUACAGGAGAGAAACCAUAUCAAUGUGUGGAAUGUGGAAAGAGCUUCAGUCAGAGCUCCGAUCUCACUUGCCAUCAAAGUAUUCAUACAGGCGAGAAACCCCAUGAGUGUGUGGAAUGUGGAAAGAGCUUCAGUCAGAGCUCCAGUCUCACUAAGCAUCAGAGAAUUCAUACAGGGGAGAAACCCUAUCAGUGUGUGGAAUGUGGAAAGAGCUUCACUCAUAGCUCCAAUCUCACUUGCCAUCAAAGAAUUCAUACAGGGGAGAAACCCUAUCAGUGUGUGGAAUGUGGAAAGAGCUUCAGGAAGAGCUCCUCUCUCACUUCCCAUCGAAGAAUUCAUACAGGGGCGAAACCAUAUCAAAGAAUUCAAAGCUGCAACAGGAUACCUGAACGUAAGCCAGUAGGGUCCUCCUCUCUGGCAGACGGACAACCCCUUCUCCAAAGCCCCUCCCACCCCCACCUCCGCAUGGUGGUCCCUCCUCAGAACAGCCUCUGCUGUCUGGUGCUUGGACACCUGAAGGGCGUGGAGGCUUCUCAGGGCAGCUGCCUGGCAGCUCUGCAUCACCUGGAGCAAUAG